ACUUCUUUUUGGAAUGCUAGACCGGGAAACAGAAAAUUAUGUUCUGAUAUUCAUGACACUUUGGGACAUAUGCUUUCUUCGCUGGCAGUAGAAAAACUUUCUCAUUGGCUAAUGCUUUGUAAAGAUGUCCUGGCAGCUUCUAGUGAUAUGAGUACUGCAACUAUCUUAAGUAGUGGAAAAGAUGAAGAAACUGAAAAGAAAGAUGAGAUGGAUGAUGAUACCAUGUUUACCACGUUAGGUGAAGAAGAUAAAUCAAAGCCCUUUGUGGCCCCUCGCUGGGCCACUCGAGUAUUUGCUGCCGAUUGCCUGUGUCGAAUCAUCAAUUUGUGUGAGAAUGCAGACCAGGCUCACUUUGAUCUUGCCUUGGCAUGUUCUGCUAAACUUUGA